UGUCUGGUGACGUCGAUACGGUUGUGAGAGGAAGUUCUGUGAUUCGUCAGAGGCGAACGUCCGUCGAUAGCGUUGUCUUCCUUCCAUGCGCCGGUUGCUUUUCGUCGACGGCCUCGGAAUUGUUUCUUCUCAGUGUGACCCAAUGCCCAUUCUUCUGCGGCCCCCGAAACAUGGUUGUCUGCUCGUUGCAGUCCCUAAAGCUUUAGCGGAUUUCGGCGCCGUGCUCACAAAAGCAGUGGUAGCCGACAACACCCUGGAACUUGCAGAUGGGACGUUUUUCCUGGGUGAGCCUCGGCUGAGAUCAAAGCUGUUCAUCCGUCCUUGUUACAAGGACCUGUCGGAGCUCAUCUUGGAAGGUGUUACCGACGGUACGAUGGACAAAAUUGUAGUGACAGGCACUCCCGGCAUCGGCAAGUCCGAGUUUGGUUUCUAUCUUAUGUACCUGUUGCGCGGUCAAGGAAACACCGUUGUUCUUGAAAGAAAAGACUCCUGGUUCCGCUUUAGUGAUGAAGGGGUAACCGUAGGAUAUUUUUAUUCUUUCAGAAGGGCUGGUUACCUGUACGGUAACAGCACUUGGUAUUUGAGUGACCCGGAAGAUCGGCCUAAGGAGCUUUUGGGUCUUCCAACGGUUGUGUUGCUGUCGCCCAGGAAGAGCAGGGUUAACGAGUUUAUGAAACAACCCGGUUCCCGUCGGUUUUAUAUGCCUCCGUGGUGCUUGGAUGAGUUGUUCAGAUGUCGGCAAGCUGUGUUCCCCCAUGUGCCAGAAACCGACGUGCGGGAACGCUUUAGUAAGGUUGGAGGUGUGGCUAGAGCAGUCUUCGAUGCGGAAAAGCUCAAGCAGGUUUGCCUCAAAAUGCAGGCAGCGGCUUCAAAUAUGGAUCUAAACCUGCUGCAACAGAUUCUGUCGCGAAGUCGUGAUGACGUUGACCAGGUCUCGACCGAUAGGAGUGGUGACGCACUCUUGCAUUUGUUGCCUAUACCUGAAACAGGUUUCGAGGAGUUCAGUGUCGAUUUUGCGAGUGAGUUUGCCCAUAUUGUGACUUUAGGAGAGCUUCCCAAAAAGGAAUUUGCUCCACUUGCAAGCUUUGUCGGGGCUGCUUUCGCACACGACGAAUUGGGCGACAAGGUUACAGCUGAGCGCGCGGCUGGGUUUGAAACUAUUGCACACAAGACGAUCGGGGGCGCUAGCGAGCAGCAAUGGUUUGACAUGAGAAUCCUGAGCCGUGCAAGUAGCAGCACAAAGUCUGUACUCGAGGGGAAUCGUUUGAGGUUGAGUUUUGUGAAGGAGCAGUCAUUCGAAGGCAACAGUUUUCCCGAUGCGCUCGUCGCUGGGACGUACUAUAGGCCCGGAAGCCCGAAUUUUGCAGCGGCCGAUUCGUUCGGAGUAGACAGCGGCAGCAAGACCUUGUGGUUUUUUCAAGUGAAAUCUGCAGGCUUGCCGCCUAAAGAGGGGGAGAAGGCUGUCAAAUGGACGCAUGUAGAAAAGUACUGGAGAAGAGCUAAACUCCACCACGGCGCGCCAAUCAAGAAGAGGUUUGUGUAUGCUUUUGUGGUUCCAGAGGGCAAAGUAUGGAACAAGGCGACCGAGACUUGCGAAGAGGAUGGUGGACGUGGUGAUUGGCGGCGCAACGUAACUGACGGUUUCAAAUCGGCGUGUGAUGUAUGCGUAAUUGAGAUGCCAUUGCAGUUGUAGUAUGUUUUGCGUCGCAGCCUCUCGUGCUGGAAAAGUAGAGUUGUGGAGAGUUUCUACACGGCUAGCGAUGGAAAAUAUAACACAGCUUGUCAUGGUACACGGCCACCGGAAUUUCCGAGUUUCAUCAAGAGAGAUUUCUGGCCCGUCGACUUGUGCGGAUGCAAGAGUAGAUCAGGUGGUAUUUCAAGGCCACGGAUUCCCACCACAAGGCAUCAUCAAAUCGGGGUCUGAGGUUUCUUGAGGUUGUUUUCAGUCAACUCCUUACUUUGUUUCUGUCAUGCAUGCUGCAAAACACAGUGGACAAAUGAACGAAUCUGGCAGCUCCCAAGUUUGAACUGUCGCAUUUUGCUCGUCACGUUUUGUUUGGUGUGGUUUUUAUGAGGGUGGGUCGAAAUCUCAUUUCUUCUGUCAUGUUAGCUUUUUCCUCGCGAGUUCAGCAUAUAGUUGUCGGUUGGUCUUUUCCUUUCGCCUCUUCGCGCCUCUUCCUUGGAUCACCUUUUUUUGAUGGUUGAAAGCAAGCCGACGAAUAUCGUCGGCGUUGCUAGUCCCAAGCUGGCUUUGUUGUCUCGCUCAUUGUUUCAGCCUUGAGAAUGGAAGCAUGGACGGACUCCUCAUGUAUGCAUGCUUCAGGCAGUGGCAUUUCAUUAGCGCGACAAGUGGAAAGUCUGCACUGUACCGAGCCAAAAGAUGUUUGGAAACGGCCUAAUAGUACGCACCAGAAAAUGUU